GGUCGAAUGUGAUGGCCAGGGCGGAGAGCCGUGAGCGUGGUACACUGUGGUGGGUGUGGAAGCGUGGGCAGUGGAGAAGGAAAUCUUCGAUAACCUCAGAGGUAGUCCUACACCAAGAACAGAAGUGGUCACGAGACACAUAGGCGGUGCAAGUGAGCACUGAGCAUGGUGUGGUCCAAGGGCAGGCGGGUGAUGAACAGCGCUCAUCCUUCCCCAGAGAUAGACCGCCCCAUCCCUCUCCCCUUUACUACCUGCGACCCGCGCGCCAUCUUUUAUGGGCUCCUCUCCCUAAUCAAUUCUUCCAGCCCUCCCAUUUGAACCCGUAUAUCUUCUCUAGAAUCUUGGGUACGAUUAGCAAAAGAAGUCUGGUAAUCCUGGCCCCCUGGCUGGAAGUAACAGUCCCUCCUGAAGCGCUGCGCCGUCUGGUUUUCUCUUGUCAAGACUAGAUCAUGGAUGUAAACAAGUCGUGUCCCGCGUAGGUCACGUCGCCGUCUGAAGGGACAUCACUGAAGAUGGAUCAACUUGAAGAUUUUCACAAGUUGGUCCAUCUUGACCUGAAGGGAGCUCCUCCUAGAAUGAGUUACUAUGAGCAGAUCUUUCCCAUCAUCUCGUCAUUUGGUGCCACUGGCUUGUUGGUGGAGUAUGAGGAUAUGUUUCCAUAUCAUGACAAGUUGGCUCAUUUGAAGACACCUCAUGCCUACACACGGGAAGACAUUUUAAAACUUCAUGAGCUCGCAGCAAAAAGCAACCUCAUUAUCAUUCCAUUAAUGCAAACCUUUGGGCACUUUGAGUUUGUGCUGAAGCAUGAUGAGAACAGAGCUGUUCGGGAAGUAGAAAGCUACCCCAACACCUUGUGCCCAACCCACCCUGACUCCUUCCCAUUGGUGACUGAGCUGCUCACACAGAUAAUGAACUUGCAUCUAAUUGACAAAUAUCUUCAUAUUGGUGCUGAUGAGGUGUGGCAUAUAGGAAAGUGUCCAAGAUGUCAGGUUGAGAUGGACUCCAAGGAAAUGUCAACAGAAGACUUGUUUCAAAUGUGGGUAUUCAAGGUAGCACAGUGGGCCAAGAAAGAAUAUCCUCACAUUACAAUUAUCAUGUGGGACGACAUGAUAAGAAAUAUUCCUGCUGAAAAAAUCAAAAGCAGUGGGCUUUGUGACAUUGUGGAACCAAUGGUGUGGCAGUAUCAGGCCAAAACUUUUGACCUUCCUCCAGAUUUGUUUGAGAAGUACUCAGCAGUAUUUCCGAGUAUAUGGGUUGCCAGUGCUUUCAAGGGUGCCACAGGGAGUACACAGUUUCUACCUCCCAUUCAGAACCACAUAAAUAAUAACCUGUUGUGGUUAACUGUGUUGUCAGAAAAAAAACAUACCAAGAAGUUUAAAGGUAUUUGUCUAACAGGUUGGCAAAGAUAUGACCAUUAUGCCGUACUGUGUGAGUUGCUGCCUGCAGCUCUACCCAGUCUCUGCUUGUGUCUACGAGUAGUGUCCCAAGCAGCCUUCACUGAGGCAGACCACGACUUUGUGUCACAGAAACUGGGCUUCCGCCAUCGCAUCAAUGUCCUUCCCUUCCCCAGGCCACAAGUAAUAGAGCAGCAGAUGUCCUUUCCUGGUCACAAAAUCUAUGUUGGAGUGCAGAUGUGGUCAAACUUUGUGUGCAGAUACCAAGCAAUAAGCAACUCAGAGGGAAUGCUGGGAUGGUUCAGUGACUACUUGAGGUCCAGAAAUUUCACAAACCCUCUCCAGGUGGAGAAUAUUUUAACUCAAAUAAUUGAGUAAGUGCAUAAACCUGUAAUGUUGUAGUAUUAAUAAUGUAUCUGAUAUUGUUUAGCUUAAGUUGUAUGGUAGGAAGGAAAUAUGAUAAAAAAUAACAGGAACAGCCACUAUGUGAAUUGUAUAAUUCUGGAGUUCUGACACUGAUGUUUGGAUGAGACUUGGGCACAUAUCAAGGACCCAGGUAGUGCAAAUGAGCUAUGCAGUACGGUUGUGGUGUGAACACAUUGGUGCAAAAGUAUUGAAGGUAUAAACUAACUCUGACAUG